UUUGUAUGCUUCACAUGGUGCAUGUAUAAUAAAAGUAGCUUAAUUUUUGAAUGUAUACUCGAUAUUUUCAAUGUGAGCAUGAACGCUUUCUUACGAUAUUUAAAAUGUUUAAUAUCUCAAGAAAAUUCCUGAAACUAUUUUUCUACUUUUGUUCUAACAGUUUUGAUUUUAUUUUCCAGAGACUUCUUUCGCUCAAUUAAACACUAGCUGUUUAUACACAUAUGAUUUUUUAUCUUUAGCUGUCUAACAAUGCUUGGCAAUUAGAUGCAGAAUAUUUUCAAUUAACAAACUAUGCUUGGUCAUCGCCAACAUUAAAUUAUCUAAAAUCUAAAAUAAGUGAUGAAUUAAAUUUAAACAAAGAUUGGAAAAAUGAAAUUUGGUUAGAAUGUUCAAAAUUAAUUUUGUAUGAAAAAUGUUCAAUAUUUAAGGAAUAUGAUGAAAUAGAAGAAGAUCUAUCUAAUGGAUUUGUAUUAGGAAAACUAAUAAUUAUAUUACCAUCGUUUUAUACUGGUGGCGAACAUUAUAUUUCUCUUUCGGAAGAAAAGCAUCUAUUUGAUUUUGCAUGUAAUGCUGAUCAAUAUUCACAUUAUAUUGCGUAUAACGCAGCUCAUGAUUGUAAACAUGAAAUAAAACCAUUGACAAGUGGUUAUCAGUUAACAUUAUGUUAUAAUAUUGUUAUUAAAAAAAUAAAUAUAUCAAUACCACCUAUUAUUUAUUUAAAUCCUGAUUCUUGUAAUAAAGAAUUAGUAGAACAAAUGGGUAACGUAUUAUUAACGUGGUAUCAAAAUAAUAAUUUUCCAUCAAAACUAGUCAUUCAAUUGUCUGGUGAAUAUACAAGAACAACGAUAACAUCAUUAUUAUCAAAUGGAAAAGAUCGAUCAAAAGCAAAUUUAAUCUUGAAAUCAGUACAAGAACAAUAUAAAAAUACAAAUAAAAUUAAUUUCUUAUUAUAUUUUUGUACUCUAAAAGAAGAAGAAGAAUUUGAUCCUCGCUUAGAAGACUACGUGAACAGUGUUCUAAAAAUUUCAAAUUUAAUGCCUAUGAAUAUUAUGUAUCAUGAUAACGCAUUUCCAUUAUCAAAAUUAUUUCAUUUUAAUGAUAAUUUCAAAAUUAUUGCAUCAUUUGAUGAACUGAUGGAUUCUGAAACAUUUUUUAGCUCAAUGACUAAUCAUACAUUUCUGCGUGUAAAUGAAACAGGUAAUAAUAUUUUAUUAAGUGAUGAUAAUUAUGGUGCAUUAUUAUUAGUUCCUUAUCAUUUGAAAUGGGAAUUAUUCAUGGAUGAUCUUCCUCAACUUUAUACCCAGUUUACCGAGAUGUGUAAACAAAUACCUAGAAGCUCAACGAGAAUUGGUGUAUUGAUAUUCAAAGAAUGUAUUGAAUUAUUAGAUUGCUUAUUGGAACGGAAAAAUCAAAAAUUUGAUUUCGGGAAAAUAAUGAAAUAUUUAAUGAUAUUAUGCAGUAUUCAGAGAACACUGGGUAUCAGUGAUGAUAAUUCUGUUAUGAACGUAAUAAAAAAAUUUAUGAAACAUA